UGGAGGAGCAGGAUGGGAUGCUGCCUCCCGUCUUGGAGGUGAUUGGGAGAAACUCGUGGAAUCUUGAACACAGGGAAAGGCGCGGUGUGGCCGCUCCGGGCGAGUGGACAGCAAAGCAACAGAUAAGCACGUGUAUGGUUGUCUGUUUUCUCUCUCUUUCCCAUCUCUCCAGGGAGAAGCCCAGUCUGGAAGGCGAUAAACAGUUUGCAGUUCUGCGGUGCCAUUACGGAGGGAUCAUUCUGAGGUGAAAAUGGAGCAGCAAGGCCCCACAGGCCCCAGAUCAGGGGAAGGAUCAGAGGGGCGAGGAAAACCCCCUCAGGUUGUCCAGGCUGGGAGUAUGAAGGAAUUCCUGGAACAGAGACUGGGAGAUCCAGUCGAUCAGCAUGCAGGGCAGGGUUCCCUUGAGCAGUGGGAAGCCCAGUGGCAGGAGUUCCUCAGGACAUUAGACUCUCCUCGUUCUCAGUGGAGAAUCCCACUCUUGCCACGUAAGCCUUCACCCUGGGACGAUGCCAAGGCCUUUUUGGCCUCCUUUGAGCAAGUGGCUGAUGCCUGUCAGUGGCCCCAGGAAGCGUGGAUCACGCGACUCCUGCCAGCACUCAGUGGAGAAGCUGAGAUAGCCUUCAACAGGAUGGAUGGCAGAGACAAAGAGGAUUAUGGGAAAGUGAAAGCAGCCAUCUUGAAAAUGGAUGCACUGAUGCGGGAGAAGCAGCAUCAGCAGUUCAGGCAUUUCUGCUACCAGGAGGCCGAGGGGCCACGGGAGGCUUGCUGUCAGCUCCGGGAAAUGUGCCGUGGGUGGCUGAGAGUGGAGAAUCACAGCAAGGAGCAGAUCCUGGAGCUCUUGAUCCUGGAGCAGCUGCUGACUGUCCUGCCCCCGGAGAUCCAGAGCUGGGUGAGAGAAACUGGCCCUGAGAGCUGCUCCCAGGCCGUGGCCCUGGCCGAGGAGUUCCUCUUAAGGCAGCAGGAGGCCAAGAGGCAGGAGAAGCAGGUGUGCUUGGAGGAGGUGGCUGCAAGUGUCCCGGAGGCAGGCCAGGAUCCCUCUGAGGAUGAACAGAGGCAGCUCGUGAUAGAAGUGAAGGAAGAGGCAGAUGGAGAGGCCAGCCCGCUGGCAGAAAGCAAAGAGGAGUCAGCCAGCGAGUUACGUGGGUUAUCACUGGAAAAAGACAAGAAUGAAGCCUCAGAAGCAGGGAUCCAGAUGGGGGAUCCAGAUGGAAUCAAAAGGAAGGAGGGAAACAACACAGUUGAGGAGAGGGAUAGACCCGUUCCUUGUCCAGGAGGGGACUUCCAAGAGACCCCAGUCCAAGAAGAAAGGCCAGCCGAAAAGAGAAGGAACGAAGGCCUCCAUGCUAGCCAGAGAAUCCACUCCAGGGAAACGGAGAAUGAAAGUGUGGCUUUUGGAGAGACCUUCAUUCAGAAAGUGAGUGUUGUUUCCGGGGGACAGAUUCACUCAGGAGAGAAACCAUAUCAGACAGGAAGCCACAUGGUGCAGAAGAGGUUUAAAGCCAUUCCUUAUCAAGGCGGGGAUUUCUGUGAAGUAAUUCACACAUCAAAGGAAACAUACAAAUGCUUGGAGAGUGGACUGAGCUUCUCAGAUCAAACCCAAUAUGAUACUCAUUUGCGAAUGCACAAUGGAAAGAAGACCUAUAAAUGCUUGGAGUGUGGAAAGAGCUUCAGGUUCAGAUCAAAGCUCCUAAGACACCACAGAAUCCAUACAGGAGAGAAGCCUUUUGAAUGCUCAGAGUGUGGAAAGAAAUUCAGUCAGAUUUCCCAUCUUCAACAGCAUCUAAGAUCCCACACAGGAAGCCACAUGGUGCAGAAGAGGUUUAAAGCCAUUCCUUAUCAAGGAGGGGAUUUCUGUGAAGUAAUUCACACAUCAAAGGAAACAUACAAAUGCUUGGAGUGUGGACUGAGCUGCUCAGAUCAAACCCAAUAUGAUACUCAUUUGCGAAUGCACAAUGGAAAGAAGACCUAUAACUGCUUGGAGUGUGGAAAGAGGUUCAUAUGGAGAUCACAUCUCCUUAGACACCACAGCAUCCAUAGAGGAGAGAAGCCUUUCGAAUGCUCAGAGUGUGGAAAGAACUUUAAGUAUAGUGCCAAUCUUCAUCGGCAUCUACGAACCCACACAGGAGAGAAGCCUUUUGAAUGCUCAGAGUGUGGAAAGAAAUUCAGUCAGAGUUCCUAUCUUCAACAGCAUCUAAGAACCCACACGGGGGAGAUGCCUUUUGAAUGCUCAGAGUGUGAAAAGAAAUUCAGUCAGAGUUCCCAUCUUCAACGGCAUCUAAGAGCCCACACAGGGCAGAGGCCUUUUGAAUGCUCAGAGUGUGGAAAGAAAUUCAGUCAGAGUUCCCAUCUUCAACAGCAUCUAAGUACCCACACGGGGAAGAUGCCUUUUGAAUGCUCAGUGUGUGGAAAGAAAUUCAGUCAGAGUUCCUAUCUUCAACAGCAUCUAAGAACCCACACGGGGGAGAUGCCUUUUGAAUGCUCAGAGUGUGAAAAGAAAUUCAGUCAGAGUUCCCAUCUUCAACGGCAUCUAAGAUCCCACACAGGGGAGAAGCCUUUUGAAUGCUCAGAGUGUGGAAAGAAAUUCAGUCACAUUUCCUAUCUUCAACAGCAUCUAAGAACCCACACAGGGGAGAAGCCUUUUGAAUGCUCAGAGUGUGGAAAGAAAUUCAAUCAGAGUUCCUGUCUUCAACGGCAUCUAACAACCCACACAGGGGAGAAGCCUUUUGAAUGCGCAGAGUGUGGAAAGAAAUUCAGUCGGAGUUCCCAUCUUCAUCGGCAUCUAAGAACCCACACAGGGGAGAAGCCUUUUGAAUGCGCAGAGUGUGGAAUGAAAUUCAAUCAGAGUUCCUAUCUUCAACAGCAUCUAACAACCCACACGGGGGAGAUGCCUUUUGAAUGCUCCGAGUGUGGAAAGAAAUACAGUCGGAGUUCCUAUCUUCAACAGCAUCUAAGAACCCACACAGGGGAGAAGCCUUUUAGAUGCUCAGAGUGUGGAAAGAAAUUCAGUCAGAAUUCCCAUCUUCAACGGCAUCUAAGAUCCCACACAGGGGAGAAGCCUUUUGGAUGCUCAGAGUGUGGAAAGAAAUUCAGUCAGAGUUCCCAUCUUCAACAGCAUCUAACAACCCACAUGGGGGAGAUGCCUUUUGAAUGCUCAGAGUGUGGAAAGAAAUUUAGUCAGAGGUCCCAUCUUCAACAGCAUCUAACAACCCACACGGGGGAAAAGCCUUUUGAAUGCUCGGAGUGUGGAAAGAAAUUCAGUCAGAGUUCCCAUCUUCAACAGCAUCUAACAACCCACACGGGGGAGAUGCCUUUUGAAUGCUCAGAGUGUGGAAAGAAAUUCCGUCGGAGCUUCCAUCUUCAUCGGCAUCUAAGAACCCACACAGGGGAGAAGCCUUUUGAAUGCUCAGAGUGUGGAAAGAAAUUCAUUGCAACGACAUCAGAGAAAACACAUAGCUGCUCAGCCUGUGACAAGAGCUCGUCUUGCUUUUCACACCUGAUGGAGAACCACAGAGUCCUCACAGCGCUGAAUCCAUAGCAAUGCUUACAAAGAGCUUGCAUCUGCACAGAAACUUUACUGCAACGCAACAACAACAAUUAAAACUGGGGAGAAGCUGUGUAAAUGCUGGGACUGUGGAAAGAGCUUUAGCCUAAAGUGAAACCUCAGAUAGAUCUCAUGGGGAAGAAAGCAAGCGUGUGCUGUGAGCUUGGAAGGAGGUUCAAGAUAAGCUUCGCCCUCCUUAAUCAUUAAGGAAUCCAUAUGGGGAAGAAACCUCAUAAGUAUGUCUCGUUUCAUCUAGACUGAACUAUUGUACUUGGGGAUACUCAUGAAGAGUGCAGCUAGUGCAGGAUGCUGCAGCCAGACUGGUGGUUGGAGCCAACUACCGGGACUAUGAGACCGCAGUAUUUCUGCAAUUGCACUGGCUGCUAAUCCCUCCUGAGCGAAAUUCAGUGUGUUGGCUCUAUCCUUUAAAGCUCUAUAUGGCUUUGGAUCAAGGUAACUGCAAGAACGACUUCUCUUAUCCAUGCCUGUCCAGGAGUUACGAUCACAGGGAGAGGCCCUCCUGAUUGUUCCAUCAACCAGAGAAGUGUCAUUGGUGAGAGGGCCUUUUCAGUGGCAGCCCCAUGACUAUGGAACAAUCUCCAUAACGAGGUUCACCUGGCCCCCCACUCUUGAUCUUCAGGAGGCAACUGAAGACUUUUCAUUCAAUAUGACCUCUGAUUAGCUAGUAUUUACUUACUGGGGUUUUAAAAUUAUGAUUUUAAAUUGGUUUUGAUACAUUUUAAUAUUUGCUUUGUUGUUUAUAUUGUAAGCCGUCUUGAGUUCCAUGAGAUGGAAAGGAGGCUAAUAAAUGUUUUAAAUAAACAAA